AUGAAGAAGAAAAAGUUUAAGUUUGACGUGAACUUUAGGUUGAAUCAGCUGACGAGUGUACCUUUCGUUAGCGGAGUUCUAUUUGCUAAAAUGAGAUUAUUGGAAGGUGGAAAUUUUACGAGCUUUUCAACCAGGUAUUAGCUGCUGAGUUCUGUGAGAAAGAACGCAUUUGUUAUGCGGCUUUUAUUUUAAUUUCUCCUUUGUUUUCGUGAUUUUGUCUUCUGUAAGGGAGGAAGUUGGGAACCAUUGCGUAAAGUGGGGAAAGAACGUUACUUUUCCAUGCAAAAUGACAGCGAAUGUCUCUACGGGAGUUUUAGAUGCGUGCAACUACCGAGUGUCCAUUCGGAAGGUAUGAGUUCAAAACAACAUAACUUCAUAAUGUCGAAAUGGUCUUAUGGAUCAGUCGUAGAUAUUUAGUCUUCUUCCAUUUUACUUACAAACUGUUCCACUUUCUUUAUUGGUUGCUAGUGAUAAAACAUAUUCGUGUUUGUCGGUGAAGUUUUAAUUGAGUGGUUGUGCAAUUUAGUUCGCCCCGGACUCGCAGAGUUGCGAUGUUUAAGGGCCACCUGCAAUUUCUGAUAUUCAUUUGGGAUGAAAACAGUUGAUGGCCUUCACGGAACGUUUCAAAUAGUACAUCUGAUCCCUUGCUUGAGCUUUUGAUCACUUCUUUGUUAACAAGAAUUUACGGCAACUAUAGAAGUAUGUGUUGGCAUGAAAAAUAUCUGGAAAAAACUUCGAUCCGAUCACGUCUUGAUUGCCUAUAGCCUUAGCUCAUUGUUGUACUCCAAACAUUUGUAGGUUAAUUCUUACAUUUCCUCUGAAGAUUAAAAAGCAAAAUUCGUAAUCUGCUGACUCUUUCCUUUUCUUCAUGUCAUGGUUCGUUUAAGUUGUCAUGCCUGAUUUGUUGUUCUGGAACAAGCCAGUUCAUCCUUAUAAAGUCUUACAUGUAAAUCAGUCGGUAUCGACUGAUCGAUUUCUUGUGAGUUUAGCGCGGUUGUUUUAAUUAUUUCUUGAUAAACACAUUCACGAACAAAUUAAAUCGAUUGAAAGAGGGAGGGAGUUAUGAGUAGCAUUUUACCCCGAGCGUGCGAUAAUUUUUUCAUUAUAUCGUCAGUUAGUGUUUUGCACAAGUGGGAAAUCAUGUGGUUUCCUAAAAUGACAAGACUCCAGGUCGUAUUUAACCACACAAUAGUGUGUUUAUACCUCUUACCGCUUGACUUAUGCAGAAAAUAUGGACAUUCCUACUUUCAGUCAAUAAUCAACGUAUAAAUUUUUGGAUGAAAAGGGAUCAAUCCAAAUCUGCGGACAAAAAUUGGGGUAAAGGAUUGCAUACAGAUUUGACUGACCAUCCUGAAGAUCUUGAGAUUAGUUUUUCCGUUUACAUUAUUUAAUUAUCUUGCACUUGUUUUCUUGCCUCAACAUAUUCAUCUUAGCGAGCAGAAACUCAAACAAACCUUUAGAAUCUUUCUCUCAUUAUGAAUUUAACGAUUUAAUUUGUUGUGUAUGACAGUAUUUAUCAAUUUUCCUGAGAAUUGUAAUAUCUCAAGGAAUUGUCAGCAGUGUGCUUGACAUCAUGUUGUGAUUGAAAAAAAUUUUAAAUCACAUAAUUUCGUUAGCUUCAGCACUAACAUUUGUUACCUCAAGCCAUUUACAUCUCAAUGUCAUGUUCACUUCUUUUCAUAAAUUUUAAGAUGUAAUUUUUGUAACUUAAUUCACUUGCUUCUGCUAGCACCUUUUCUAGUGAGCAUGUAAUCAAGAAUGUUCAAUCAUGGUGUACUGCAUUAUGCAUUAUUUGAGUAUUUGCAGACAUCAAGUCUACAUAUUUCGUGACAGAAUGCUAGUAUCCAGGAUUGCCAUCUUGUUGAUAAUAGCUAGUUAUGGAAUAUUCUAAUAGAUCAGUUUAGAUAAACAUAUCACAUAUUUUAUCAUUAGUUUUAGAUGUAAAUGAAUCAUGAUUUGCACGUGAAUGAAACAUUUGUGUUUAUUAUCUGUAUAAUCAUCAUUUUGUUUUGACUAAUUUCCAAGUCACCUGGCAAAUUUGCAUAUUAGAAUGGUAGAAAACUUGCUUCUUUGCUUGUUUCUGGGUGUGGUAAGUGUAAUCAGAGCAUAUGCUUUGCCUGUUUUUUUAGACAGAAAUUUGAUGUUGAUUUGAGGUUGAUUUCUUUUCUUGCCAAUAUUUGAUGGGCAGGUUGAAAGACAUUUGUGAAACAAUUUUGAGAAUUUGUUUUGGUCUAUGUUGGCAUGGAAUCAUAUAACAUUAGUCAGUCAAAAUUUCUAUCUCUCUCUCAUUUUGUGGCUUGCAAAAUAAUUCAAAUUAAAAUUUAUUUGAGUAGCAUGGAAAUGAGCCAUUGUUAUAAAUGAAAAGGUUUGAUCCAAGAUUAGGAUAAAUUGUAAAUUGUUAUAUUUGCCAAAGUUUCUUAAGAAGGGAAAAAAAUACAACAGAGCUUUUUGAAGGUUCAAGUCUCAAGGCCUUUGGAUGAGAGGGCAGGAGAUAUUACCACUUACAUAAUUAUAUAGAUACAUCUUUGCUUCCAUUCAAUUAAUUUUGGAAAGGAAACAUAAAAUAGUGAGACAGGAGAAUAAAAAUUCAUACUGUAGGAUUUAGGGGUUAAACAGACCAGAUUCCUACACUGUACCAUUCAUUUAACAUUCAGUUGACUGCUUUAAAAUAAUUAUUCAAAAAGUGAUAUCAGGUUAACAGAUUUAAGUCUGAUAUUAGCUUAAUUUGGGGAAUUUAAAGCUCCUUUAGGUCUUGAAGAUAUUAAAUAAAUAAAAAAGGAUUACUGCUACUUUAGACUUCCUUAUGUUAAUGUCUUCACUUCCUGUUUAUAGUCUUAUGAAAUCAGGUUGGUCAAAGUACAGAUUUUUUCAGAUUUCUGCAUUAACUCAUCUCCCUGUAGCUGUUCAUGAUAUUUAUAAGUAUCACAACAGUGCCUUGAAACCACUUGUUCUUGAGAUAUUGAGUCUCAUACAAACUCUAUUUUUAAGUUCUGGCAACUGUCCUUUUGUUUUGAAAAUUUCUUGUAAGGAGUUGUUAAUAAGUACAUGGCUUCACAUAGGAUCAAGUCUCUUGGUGUCUUAAAAAAAACAAGAUUAAGAACGCGUUAUUUAUCAAAGGUACAUGUAGAGUAUUUGAACUAAAUUUAAGGAACAUUAACUAUACAUGAAUAUCUCUUUGUAUUUCGUUCAUUAGCUUAUACAGGAUAAAAAUAUGUUCCACCAACAAAUGCAUGUACGUGAAUAUGUGCAGCAUGGCUGAAGGUUUUUGUAUAGAACACGGCUGGGUUUAUUUUUCCUAUUGAGAUUAUGGGGAUUAGUCUGAUACUGUGUGAUAUACAAACAUGCUGGCUGUCUUUAUUUUGAUAAAUACCCUUGGUAAGGAAGGAAAACUUAUCCAGAAUAACAUGCAAAUCUGAGGACAUUUUAAUACAUAAUCUCUCUAAGUGAAAGAAAUUGAAUAUCCCACAUUUCCUGGAUAUUUAUGGGGAUAAGUGGAAUUGAGAUUCAGCUAAAUAUUUUUUUAGCAAAUAGAAAGGUUAAGUUUAACAGGCACUAGAUACUUUGAGUUAAAGCAAGGCUUGGCUUUAGCACAGAAUGAUUCAAUGUUGUCCGUUGAGAGUUUGUAAGGAGUGACUUAACUGGAUUCAAGAAUAUGUCAAGGACUGACUGGCAAAAAUUUCAACAACCUGAAUUUGUCCAGGAGGCUCCAGACAAUACUGACAAUAUGUCUCAGUGCAAAACUCCAUUUUGAAUAGAGCAUUUUUUGGCAUGGUCCAAAUGAAUAAAUCUAGACUCUAAAACUAAUGGCAAAAUUAAAACUAAAACUUCUUGUGGUUGCCUUUUCAUAAGUGAUCAAAAAGUUAAAGUAUCAGAGAAGUUUAGCCUUUUAUGUUAACUGUAAUCAAUUCUUGCAACAAAAAAAAGGGCUUAGGAAAGUCCCUGAAGAUCCCUCAAGAACCAUUGAAUAGACUCAUCCCACCCACCCACCCACCCCCUUAGGAUUAGAUGAGUCAAUUUACCCAACCCUCGCUCAUCUAAUCUCUUAGUAUUUUUCUGAUUGGUACUUGCAGUCCUUUAACUGCUUUUUUUUCCUCCUUUUUUUUCCUAAGGAAACCAAAGGAGGCAAAGGUCACAUCAAGGUUGGUACAAUUUAACAGUUACUAGCAGAUAAAAAAAUCUACUCUUGCUUUUAAGUUAGUCUACGAUUUUUUUCUCGUCUUUUUUAUUUUUAAUGGCUUUCAUGGCAAUUUCUCUUUUCAAGGGUAGAUAUUGGCAUAUUCUCUUUGAUGAAGUGUCAUGUCACAUGACAGCUGACAAUUAACAAUUUCUUGUAAUUUCUUGCAAGUUGUCAACCUCAUUAUGAUCUUAAACACAUUUAUUGUAAUCUACUAUUUUAUUUGGAACAGCGGUAAUGUCAUAUUUCUGUUGUGUUUUCUUGUAGCUUGGCUUUGUGGAUGUGAACUUAGCAGAGUUUGCUGGAUCAGCUUCAACUGUAAAGCGAUAUAUUCUUGAAGGAUAUGAAAACAAGACUGAUUUGCGCCAGGACAACUCAAUUCUUGAGGUAUAUCAAGCUAUUCAAAUUAAAAUUUAUGAAAGGCUUUGAAGGAUUGAAUUCUUAGCCAAAAAAAUUGUAUUUGUUCUAUAAAAUUUCAUUCUCUCAUGGUUUUUUUCAAAGGUUGAAAUCAGUAUGCAGCUCACAUCUGGAGAUUCAAUUUUUAAAGUGUAAGUGCUGAAAUAUUCAUGUUACACUUUCCUAUGUUGAUUAUGCAUUCUACAAUCUCAAUCAGUGUUGCAACGCUAUUCAAGGGCUUUUAAAAUGAGGUGGUUUAAAGGUAACCAUUAACACCAUACCAUACAUUCUUAAUUAAAAUACCUUGUACAUAACAGAAUGAAGGAUUGUAUGUUAUCAGAGAACAGAACUAAAACCUGUUGUGUCUAUUGACAAAGAUUAUGAAAAUCAAACUUGGUAAAUUGUGCCCAAAGCUUGCUGGCCAUGCCAAUUUUUACCUUGCUAUUGAUCCUGUUAUGAAAAGACCCCUUCAGUGUUUAAGUCUUGUUUACUCAUCUCAGGUCUUGUGAUAAUACUGUAAAGAACCAUUUUUUCAAAUUUCCUGUGCAUAUUUAAGCAUAAUUUACAAGAGAUAAGCUAGGAAAUCCCUUGAGUCCUGACAUGGGUAAACAUUUAUGGCCUAAUUGCUCCAGGAGGAGCUAAGUAUGUAACUAAAUAACUAAUUAUUGAUUCUGCAGGUUGCUCUUCAUCUAAAAUCUUCACAGAAUAUCUCCUUGAUAUAAUGAAAAAGUAAAUGUACAAUGUGCCAAUUGUUAUACAUAACCUUUUCUCCCUCAGACCUUAUUCACCAUCACACAAUCAAGCGACAACUGAAACAGCAGAAAACAGAGCACCACCCUCUGAUCAUGACUCAGUCAGUGAUGCACCAGGAGUAGCUGAGGCAAGAAAAUCAGUCUUGAGUGGCAGCCAAGAAAGUGUAUCAGAAAAUCAGGAAACUGCAGGCAGUGAUCCUGAUAAAGUGAACUUCAUUCCUGGGCAUUCACGGAGCUUCAGUGAGCCACCCUGUGGCGGCAGUAGCCAUGUCAGGAGCAUCAGCACACUGUCACGGAUAUCCGGGUAUUCAACUGGUCAUUCUUUUUCAUCCAGCUUGGAGGGCAGAUCUAGUAGGAGGUAUUCAACCACGGAAUGGUGUUAGCAUACUCAGCCAUGCACUCACCAUUUUUCUUUUCUUAAUUUUAUGAUUUUGAUUUCACUUGAUGCAAUUUUUUUUUCUUCUACAUACAACUGUAUGUGCUACUUGUUUGACAUGUUUAUUUGAGACAAAGGUGUAACAUUUCAUUUUCUUCUUUCUGCCACUCUUUUGUUUUGCUUGAUUUUAUUGAUUCUUCUUGUGUAUGCUGCACCAUUCAGGCUUCAAAAGUUUCCAUAAUAACUGAUCAUGGCAGUGGGUUACUGUUACUUAAUUUGGAGAGGAAAACAAUCUUUUUUAUUGGAUCCUCAAAUUGAUUAGCAUCCUAUCAUCUGCAAGUACUAGUGUCAGAUGUAAAUAUGACUGCCCAGACAUGUAUACAUGUAGCUUGCUUAAUGGCAGGGAGGCAUGGUGAUGUUAAAUUAGUUUUAUUGCCAUAUUACCUUCCUCCUAAUAUGUACUAUUUGUAAUUAUUGUCAUGCAAUUUUUUUCCUAUUAACAGGAAACAAAGUUCAGGGUCUGGGAAAGGUGGGCACUCAGGGUGUAUCCUUCAUCAACUGUUAUGAAAUAUCAGAUAAUUGUAACUUGUAACAGUGUUGUUGGGCAUGAGGUUUUUUGUUAGUACAGACAAAUAAAUUCAGUCUAUAGUGGUUCAAAUUUCCAGAGGUGGAUGCAGAGAAGCAAAUGUGAAGUAGUGAAAAAGAACCUAUUCUAUAGAUGUAGGAACAAAAAUCUUUAACAUGCUGUAAAAUGAAUUGCCCACUAAUUCAGAUCAUACUUGUAAGCUUUGCCAUGUUGUUUACUUAUUAUGUUGCUUAUCAACCUUAACAUCUUAAAAGCUGAUGACACAGCAUUUUGUGGUUCUGAGCAAACAUUGUCACCAGCUCCUGAGAGGCAAGGCAAGAGAAUAAGCUGGAAGGUAUAGUUAUAUUUCUGCGUCAAAUGGUCAUGGAGCAUGCAUUUUUUUUUGGAGAAUUACAUGGAAAUGUCCAACAAACCACAAAACAGUUACAUUAAAAACAGACUUCAAACUUUCUUUUAGACAAAAUACACACACACCUUAAACCAUGAACUAGUAUUUGUUCAGAUGAUCUUCAUACUCAAGAAACAAUUAAAUUGAAAGCUACAGAAAAUUUACAGGUGACUGGUCAGCUGUUUAUAUUUUGCAAGUUAAUGGACAACUGGUAUGAAAAGUAGAUGCAGUUUGCCCUCCCUUUUAGCUUAUUUUAAAGUCAUGAAUUUUGUUAUAAUUUGCUAUACAUAUAUAUGUAUAUGUGCAUGUACCUGCUUAUUUCUUAACUCUUUAACUCCUGAGAUCUCAUUUUUAAUUCUCUUUGCUGUCUGCUAAAUGAUUUUUAUCAUGUUUGUUGGGAGAAUUUGGUAUCAGAUCAAUUAGUAAUCACAAAAUGGAUAUUUUUCUUUAUUCUCAUCUCUUUUCUGUAUGAUAUUGUAUAGAUAUAGUAAGGAGAAAUUCUGUCUUGGUCACUCACAGGAGUUAAAGGUUUAAGGACUCUUCCAUUUCCAUUUACAUUUACAAUAGUCCUCAAAAACAAGGAUUCCAAAAUAAUUUGUACAAAUUUUUGUGAUAAACAGAAACCUGAUGACCAAAGAUCAAGCCACAGCAGAGUUAAUGCAGAUGAUGUUAUCGAACAAAUUUUUAGUGGGUAAGCUGCACACAUUAUUAAGAAUGCAUGUUGUACAUGCACUUUAAAACACUGGGAUGGUACAAUGCAGCUUUAAGCAAACUGUGUAUUCAGUGUCUGAUCUAGAGUUAUUCAAGCUCAAAAACAGGGUACAGUCUCUGAAUACUUUUGUUGCUUUUUAGUAUGUGAAAUUUUUAGAUGGAUUGCUAUUGCUAUGUACAGUGCUUUGAAGCAUUUUAUUUUUACAGCUUCAGUUGUGUUACUUAACUUUUUGCGUGAUUCUUUCAUCUUGUUCCAGGCACAAUUUUUCAGGUGAUGAAAAUCCAUCAGGUAACUCACUGUCAGUUACUAUAAUUGUUGAAAUAUUUAAAUUAUUCAUUAGUUUAAGGCAUCACUUGUGGAAUUUAUGCUCUCUUUUUUUUCCCAGUAUUCUGUUCAUUCCUCAUUCCUAUCAAUUCCUUUGAGAGAGUUUCAUGUUGUUGAUGUAAUUUUCUCUGCUUACAAACCAGGUGAUGAACUUCAAGGUAACCAGUUGUCAGUGCUUCUCACAAAAGAUGGCACAUUGAGUAUUCCUGGAGGAUACAGUAGGCAAGUGACUGCUUUUAACUCUACUAACUGUCAUUUCUUUGUACUUAUGGGGACAUGUCUUUUCUAGUAUAGGCAAUUCAUUAAAAAAAAAUAAUAUUAGAAUUCCUGGGCAGAGGACUUUGUUUGCCACUUAACCAAAUAGGCUCUCGGAAGCUACACUGCAGUUUAUUUGAAUGUCACCAUGUACAGAUGUGUAUAGUCAUGACUUUGGUUUAUUGUUUAUAGUUUCCCAAUUGUUGUUUGCAAUUUUCUUGAUUACAUGUACAUGUACAUGAAACACAGAAAUAACCUACUGAAAUAACAAAUAUACACUUAAAUUUCGUACAAACUUUCUUAAACUGGUAUGGUUUUCAGUACAUAACAAAUCUGCACUUAAAUGCUGUGUAAACUUUAUUAAAUAGGUAUGUGUUCAUUCUAUUGGUUUAAUUUUGUGAUAUUCUCUAUUGAUCGUACAGACCUAUUCCAGAGGACAAGUACCGGACAUUGUGAAAUAUUACACCUCCACAAGAAUAUUCCACAACUCAGGCAGCCCAAUCUGCUAUCAUUACUACUAUGUGUACAUGUUACUGUACAUGUAACUCCAUUUGUAGAGAACUUUCUUUAGAACAUAUUCAUAGAAGUACUGGUACUUUAUUCAUGUACAUAACAGAGAACUCUGUAAAGGAAUUUUAUACAAAUCUGUGUGUGCUACAUACUUCAUAGCGUAAUGUGUAAGAUAAACCACACUCAUUAAUUGCAUUUUAACCCUUUAACUCCCAAUAUUUCAUGACUAAUUCUCCUUACUGUCUGCCAUACAAUUUAUAUGAUGCUAGUUUGGAGAAUUUAGAAUUGGAUCAACCAGUAGUCCCCCAAUUGAUAUUUUUCUUUAUUCUCAUUACUUGUCUGCUUGAUAUCGUACUGAUAAUUUAAGGAGAAAUUCUGUCACUAGUGGGACUUAAAGGGUUAAUGAUUUUUUGCACUGCCCCUAUGGCAUGGUAUAGUAAGUCUUCAGUGACUUUCCAUGCAGUGGAUGUGUGUGUUGUGUGUUCCUUACUGCAAAGGUAGUUAUAAAUAGCAAAAAAUCUGCAGAAGGUCUCAUUGUAUCAUUUACAUGUCUUACAGAGUGGGUCGUCAGCUUUUUCUUAUAUUUAUUUUGUUUUUACAGCAGUUUUUUGCUGGUCUUGUUUGAGGGGCUUUUGACAUUCUCUUCUGUGUUAUCACAGUGCAAUGUUGAUGCCUUCAAUAGUUUGUUGGAACUUUCAAAUUUUUUAUUUCUCAAAUGAAUUACACACAAUGUGCAUUGAAUGAGUGAGGUGUGUUCUGUUGAUAUGCUAUGAAUAAUCCCUUAAGUGAUUCAAUCAUGAUGCCAUGUUUUUAAUUUUGUUGGUUAGUUCAUUACUUUAAGAAUCCACUUUGUAGCUUUUGUCUAAAACAGUGGCUGACAAAAGUACUCACUAAGGAAGAUUGACUCAGACAAAAACAUGAAGAACAGUGAAUUUUCAAGCAGGUUCCUUGAUAACAGUUUGCUACAGUGCCCUGGAGGCACUUGGUAGCUGGUCUUGUUUUUCAUGUUACCUUAGUUUUAAAUUUAAGCAAGGGUCGGAGGGAAAUAUUUUGAAAAGUAGAGUGAAAUGUAGUACGCAUGAAGGUCAGCACAAUUGUAAGUCCCCUUGGUUUAGAUUUAAGGAAAUCUCUCCUUACAAAAUUGUCCAUGACAGACAGUGACUUAGGUGAUUAAUUAAUGUUACCUUCCAUCACACAAAAUUCUACCCAUGAUCCAUUAUAUUUUAAAGGGGGUGGUUUUAGUUUGGAAUUUUUUUUAGUGAAAUCUUUUGAUACUAAUAUUAGGUAGAUUUUUUUCAGAUGUUUAUUUGACUAUUUGAAUUGUUCCAAUUUCAUGUGAAAUUUAUUUCUUAGUUAUGGGGGUGAAUGCUUCUUGCUAUUAACUCAUUCAAAUAAUUUGAUAUGACAGCCAUAAGCUCAAAGAGGGAGCACCAAACACCUAUGGAGAUAAAACAGCAAUUUUAACUUAAGAAAAUAUGAGGAAAUUAAGGCAGUGUUCAAUAGAGUAGCUGAUUGUGGGAUGAGUUAUAAUUUAUUUAUAAUUAGAUUUCCUAUUCAUGAGAAUAUAUCGGUAUUGGCUGUAUGUCCUGUCAAAGAAUUGAUCUUUUCCAUCAUAAGUGGUUUGAAAUUGUAAUUUCAACUGAAGUAUGACACAUGAUGUAGCUGCAAUUUUUUUAUUAUUAUGUUCCAUUUAGAGGUUGCUUUUUGUUUCUGCUUUGGGAAGGAGAGCUGUAUAUGGAAAUAUGUCUCUCGAUGGUUAUUGGUCUCGUAGGUUGGUUGAAUGGAGAUCAUAUUAGCCAUUUGUUUCUUUUGUUAAGUUUCGUAUGGAGCAUAUCAUUAUUGUUACUAACUUGAUUCUCCAGCGGUCCAGAGAGGGAGUUAGACAAGGCCGUUGACAGAACUCUCUGCCAGGGUGUCCAACUUAAGUGCCUCUGAUUACUUGGGGACAGACCAGGCUGCUUUAUUUUGUUUUUCGAAGGGAGAAGGGGGGGUCUUGUUCGCAAGACCUUGGACCGUCUAAGAAUCAGUUUAAAUUGUUUCACUUCUGAUGGAAAUUAAUAUUUAGCUUUAUGUAAUGAUACAUAUCGUGUGAUAAUAAUGCGAGUGUGAGAGGUUUAACUGGUCGUCGGGAGUGAGUGAGUAUCGCGCUUAAAAUUCUUAAGACACUUUGACAUCGUGAUUAAUUAUGCUUGCUUCGGAUGUGAGUUGGUAACUUGUUUGAAUAUGAAAAGAAAUUCUUUAUGGUGAAGUUUUUAGCGGGUUCUAAAGGCUGCGCUGAGAACUUUCUUUUGGGUUGUGUGUCACAUUUUGGAGAGCUGAAGGGCCGUCUUGGGUUAUAAUUUUUUUUCUUUUUUCGGUCAUAAGAGUGUUCAAGUAUUUAGAGCUUAACUGUAGUUUGAAAUGUAAAUAAUACAUUGAUAAUGACAGGAUUUUACGCAAUUAAAGUUAAAAAAAGGUGUGC